AUUUGCGCGUCGCGCUUGGCUCUGAACUAUUCGCACUCAACGGCUCUGAUCGCGACAUUCGGCUAUUAUUAUAUAUAUAUAUUGGCAGCGCGUAAAUCGGCUUAAAUUAUAGAAUCCAAUUUGCCUUAAAGCCUAAUCAGCGUGCUACGAUUUAUCGACAACAUGUCGCAGCCUAAGCCCAAAACGCCCGUCCAUUCAGCAUUGAUAAUCUGCAUGUGCUUCAGCUGGACUGUCGACAAAUCGCUUGGUGCUCCAGUUUCAAAUUUGGACAGGAAUCUGGUGACAUAUCCAGAGGCACCAAGUGAAGUGCUGCCCAUUGAGCCGCUGCUAAUCUAUCCCGAAACGCAGGAGUUUCUCUAUCAGGCGCGCACAGCGGCGGGCGAUGGGGAGCAGGACAUAAUUUACGUCAAGUUGCUCCCGGACAAAUUGGAUGGCUAUCGACCCAAGCAGCAGCGACUUGUGGAGAAGCAGCAGCGGCGCAAAGAGCUGAGCAUUAAGGACAUAUUCUUUGUGAAGGCACGGGCCAAUGGACAAUUCAGUCACGAGCGCCUAAAGGUCUAUCGACUGCCCGAGUUCUAUGCGAUCACCGUUUUCCGCAACGGCGAUAAGUGAACAGGCGAAGGGUAGUUCCGACUGCUGCAUCCUUGUUGCACUUAAGCUUUUAAGUUUUUUAUGUUAUGUAUAUAAGCCGCUAUAAAUAAAUGCCUCUGGAGUUGUU